AUGCCCCCAAAAGUGCAACGUACGCCGAAGAAAGAAGAAAGCCAAGAAGAAGAAGAGUUGGGCAACCUGGUCUUCCUUCGUGACGAAGAGAGGGACAGACUCGAGCGCCUAAAAGUGAAGCUUGCAGCGACCGGUGCAGCUGAUCGCACUGCAACCGCAGCGGAAGUGCACCAGCGAAAGCUUUACGAUUGCAACGAAGCUUUCAAGUCCUUACAGCAGCAAAUCUACCGGUUGGCUGGCACCAAGAAACGAGAUGUGCACAAGGGUAAGUCGAUCGAAUUCGAAUCCUUGUUCGACGAGCUGGCCAUGACUCUCGGGAGAUGGGUGGCAGCCGCCCACGUAACCGCAGUGCAGCAACCCAUCAUCAUCCAACAGCCCCUCCCACGGAUCAUUCCGACAUUCGAUGGGAAGUACGAAAAUUGGGAAAAGUUCAAAACCAUCUUUCAAGAUGUCGUUGACCGGACGAACGAGUCGCCGCGGAUCAAGUUGUACCAUCUGGAAGAAGCUUUGGUUGGCGAAGCGGUCGGAAUUCUGGACGCCAAGACGGUUCAGGAUGGGAACUACGACCAUGCCUGGAACCUGCUGGAGGAACGAUACGAGGACAAGCGGCGAAUGGUGGAUCUGCACAUCGGCGGUUUGCUCGCCGUCAAGAAGUUGCCCCGUACUGAUCAUUCGGAGCUGCGUUCCCUUAUUGACAACGUCGUUGGCCACGUGGAGAACUUGAAGUUUCUUGGCCAGGAGUUCUCUGGAGUGUCAGAGCUCAUCGUCAUCCAUCUGCUGGGACACGCUCUGGACGAUGAGACAAGGAAACUUUGGGAGUCAACGGUCAAGAAGGGAGAGCUUCCGAACUACCCCGAGACGAUCCAGUUCCUGAAGGAUCGUGUCUCGGUUCUGGAAAGAUGCGAGACCACCGUCGACGCAACACCGAGGGAACACCACCGAGCAGAAUCGAAGCCAACCGCGACUGAUCAACCGUAUCAGAUCGCCAACGCAGCCGUCACGUCACGACCGGGACCACGGUGUGAUUUUUGCAGCGAGCGUCACCUGACCUUCAAGUGCGCUGCCUUCCAAGACCUCACAGUGUGUCAGCGCAUGGAGAAGGUUAAAGAAAAGCACGUCUGCUUUAACUGCUUGCGCGCUGGACACUGCGCGAAGAAUUGCAGACGGACAAGCUCGUGUGGUAAGUGCCAACGCCGACACCACACUCUUCUACACGACUUCUACCGGAAGUCAACCGCACCGCAGAGACCAUCUCCGGCUGUGCGUCAACCCGCUGAACCACUUCCGCCGGUGGAAGUGAACAACUGCCCCACUCCGAUGCUUCAAACAGCAGUCGUCGAUCUGGGCGACGGCAGCAAUCGACCUGUGCCGUGUCGCAUCCUUUUGGACAGCGGAUCACAGGUAAACUUUAUUUCUACCUCGAUGGCUGAUCGUCUUAAACUAAAAAGAGUUCCCGCAAACGUCCCGAUCUGCGGCAUCGGAGGUCAGACGACGAAUACUAGGGAGUCGACAACCGUUCAGCUCCAGUCCCGAUACAGCGGAUUCACGGCGGACGUGGAGUGCCUGGUCGUCCCGAAGGUAACUGGAAAGAUUCCGUCGUCACCGGUCAAUACCACCGAUUGGCCGAUUCCAAAGGGAUUUCAGCUGGCCGAUCCUAAGUUCCACAUCCCAGAUCGCAUUGACAUGCUCGUCGGUGCCUCCCUGUACUUCCGCUUACUGAAACGAGGCUUCGUUCACAUGUGGGACAAUUACCCGGAACUGCGAGAGACUCACCUGGGUUGGGUUGUCGUCGGAGGAGCUGGAGAAUCCGUCACUGGUCAGCAGUUUGCGCCCACUGCGGUGCUGCAGGCCACACAUCUACAUCAAGCGACCACUCUAGAAAAAGCUUCUGCUGGGCCUUCCCCAGCCCGGGGGGAGGAUGUUGGAGCCCCAACGCGUCGAUAA